AGCCACAUCAGCAUGAAGAUAAUACUCAGAUAAGACAGCAUGCUGUCACUCGCACAGGUAUAAAAGAGUCACAGGGUAAAGUUAGGCCACUGUCAGAAUCACAGCAGUCUGUCAUCAUGACCUUCAACGGCACCUGGAAAGUCGACCGCAAUGAGAACUAUGAGAAGUUCAUGGAAGAAAUGGGCGUCAACAUGGUUAAAAGGAAACUAGCUUCUCAUGACAACCUGAAGAUCACCCUGCAGCAGACUGGAGACAAGUUCCACUUGAAGGAAUCCAGCACUUUCCGCACAGUGGAAUUUGAAUUUACUCUGGGAGUCACCUUUGACUAUUCUCUUGCAGACGGCACUGAGCUCACAGGAUCCUGGGUCAUGGAGGGAGACAUGCUAAAGGGGACAUUCACACGCAAGGACAACGGAAAGGUGCUAAUAACAACCAGGAAGAUUAUUGGUGAUGAACUUGUACAGAGCUAUGCCUAUGAAGGAGUCGAGGCCAAGAGGAUUUUCAAGAGGGGUUAAAAUGUCAUCAGCAUUCCCAACAUUUAAAAAUGACAAUUCUUGGGAACUUUUACAUGGAUGUUGGCAGCCCUAAAGUUUACAAAGCAUGUAUGUAAAUCAUGUGUCAUUUGCACUGUGAGUUUUGAUAUUUGUGGUAAUAAAGCCAUUUUU